AUGGACAUGGCAAAAAUUCUCCAGGAGAACUACUGCUUCCCAGAGAAUCUGGUCGGCAUGGAGGAGGCCAUCGAGCAAGCCAUCAGCAGUGGGGAAAUCCUUCAUAUAUCGGAUAAGAAGACCCUGGCAGCCGUGCUGACCACCGGCGUGCAGGGUGCCCUCAAUGACCCCCGGCUCAUCGUCUCCUACGAGCCUGACUACGCCCCCCCGCCGUCAUCUGCCCUCCCCCCUCUCUCGCCGGAGCAGCUCUUCAGGGCCGUCAGCAGCUCCAUACGGGUGGAGGUUCUGGAGAACAACAUCGGUUACCUGAGGGUGGACCGUGUGGUCAGUGAGGAAGUGGCAGAGAAGAUUGGCCCUCUCCUCCUGGAAGACAUCUGGGAGAAGGUGGUCCACACCUCCUCACUGAUUCUCGACCUCCGCUACUCUGUCAGUGGGGAGAUGUCCGGCAUCCCUUACAUGGUGUCCUAUUUCUGCGACCCUGAACCUCCCGUUCACAUCGACACUGUGUACGAUCGACCCUCCAACACCACCACUGAGCUGUGGACCAAACCCAGGCUUCUGGGGGAAAGGUAUGGAAGGAGGAAGGACUUAAUCGUUCUGACCAGCAAGCGUACCAUGGGUGCUGCUGAGGGUGUUGCCUACACUCUUAAGCACAUGCGGAGGGCUAUCAUUGUCGGGGAGAGGACUGCUGGGGGCUCUGUCAAAAUUGAAAAGCUGAGGAUCGGGGAGACUGAUUUUUUUAUCACUGUCCCCGUCGCCAGAGCGAUUAACUUGGUCACAGGACAGAGCUGGGAAGUAAGCGGCGUAUUGCCCAGUGUAAAUGUAGAUGCCAAAGAGGCACUUACUGAAGCCAAAUCCCUCAUUGAGGUCAGGGGUGUGAUCCCAAAAGCAGUCCAAGGCAUCACUGACAUUAUCAAAGAAUUCUACUCCUUCACAGACAAGAUCCCAGGCCUCCUUCAACACCUUUCAUCCAUAAAUUUUUUUGCCAUCUUGUCAGAGGAAGACUUAGCUGCUAAACUGAAUGAUGAACUGCAGGCAGCGUCUGAGGACUCACGUUUGGUCAUCAGAGUGAUGGAAGAGCCUCCAGUGGUUAUUGAGGAGGAUGCUGACCCGGACCAAAUGCCAGACGACCCCGCAUUCCUUCAGGCUCUGGUGGACAACCUUUUCCAAGUGAGCAUCCUGCCGGGAAAUACUGGUUACCUCCGUUUCGAUGAGUUUGGCGAUGCCUCCAUGUUGGUAAGUCUGGAAAAGUGGAUCAUUAAAAAGGUGUGGGAACCAAUUAAAGACACUGACAACCUCAUCAUAGACCUGCGAUUUAACACUGGUGGACCUUCAGCGGCCGUACCCAUCUUGCUGUCGUACCUCCACGAUGCAACACCGCCGGUCCACUUCUUCACAAUUUACGACAGAGUGAGCAACACCACCACUGAGUUUCACACCCUGCCCAACCUCAUGGGGAUGGCCUAUGGCUUGAAGCGAGGGGUUUACGUGUUGACGAGCCACCUCACGGCCAUGGCGGGGGAGGAGUUCGCCUACCUCAUGCAGACUCUGCACCGAGGCACCGUCAUCGGCGAGGUCACAUCCGGGACGCUGCUCCACUCCAGUUCAUUCCAGGUGGAUGACACCAACAUCAUCAUCACCGUACCCUUCAUGAACUUCAUCGACAAUCACGGGAAGUGCUGGCUGGGGGGAGGCAUUGUCCCAGAUUCCGUCAUUUCAGCUGAAGAGGCCAUGGACCAAGCUCACAAGAUUAUAGAGUUCCACCGGGAGGUCCACUCCUUGGUAGAGGGGACAGGAGAGCUGCUGGAGGUUCAUUACGCCAUCCCGGAAGCUGCCACGAAAGUCCGCAGAGUCCUGCAAUCCAAGUGGGACGAGGGCUCAUACCGAUCCGUGGUGGACUACAAGUCGCUGGCCACUCACCUGACGGCCGACCUUCAGGAGACGACGGGCGACCACCGCCUGCACAUCUUCACCAGUGACACUGAACCUGAGGCCUUACAAGAGUCGCCCAAAAUCCCAACGCCCGAAGAAGUGCGUCACAUCGUUGACGCCGUCUUCAAGGUGGAAGUCCUACCUGGAAAUGUUGGAUACCUGAGGUUUGACAUGAUGGCAGAUGCUGAGAUACUGAAAGAAAUCGGCCCUCAGCUUUUGGACCUUGUAUGGAACAAGCUGGUCAACACCACCUCUUUAAUCAUCGACAUGAGGUACAACACCGGGGGCUACUCUACCUCUGUACCCCUCCUCUGCACCUACUUUUUCAACGCGGAGCCACGGCGGCACCUCUAUACCAUUUUUGACCGCUCCACAACGACCAUGACCGAGGUCAUGACCCUAUCCGAGGUUCCAGGUGACAGGUAUGGGUCUGAGAAAGAUGUGUACAUCCUCACCAGCCAUAUGACAGGGUCGGCCGCGGAAGCCUUCACGAGAACCAUGAAGGACCUGAACAGGGCACUGGUUAUCGGAGAGCCGACCGUCGGGGGCUCCCUGUCCAGCGGCACCUAUCAGGUCGGGAACAGUGUCCUGUAUGCCUCCAUUCCCAACCAGGUUGUCCUGAGCGCGGUCACCGGCAAAGUCUGGAGUGCGUCCGGGGUCGAGCCACAUGUCGUGGCCCAGGCCAGCGAGGCACUGAACGUGGCCCAAAAAAUCAUUGGCGCAACACAUCCGAGAUGGGAUGCCGAGGAAUAA